AUGUUCCUUCACACUAGUCCAACAUAUCUCGAUCGACACCUCUCUCUCUCUCUGUAUCUCUGUUCAUAUCUAUCUAUCUAUCUAUCUAUCUAUCUAUCUAUCUAUCUAUCUAUCUAUCUAUCUAUCUAUGUCUGUUCAUAUCUAUCUAUCUAUCUAUCUAUCUAUGCCUCUUACUCCCUUUCUAUCUAUCUAUCUAUCUAUCUAUCUAUCUAUCUAUCUAUCUAUCUAUUAGCUAGCUUACUCCCUUCAUAUCUAUCUAUCUAUCUAUCUAUCUAUCUAUCUACUUACUCCCUUCAUAUCUAUCUAUCUAUCUAUCUAUCCAUCUAUCUAUCUAUCUAUCUAUCUAUCUAUCUAUCUAUCUAUCUAGUAGCUAGCUUACUCCCUUCAUAUCUAUCUAUCUAUCUAUCUAUCUAUCUAUCUAUCUAUCUACUUACUCCCUUCAUAUCUAUCUAUCUAUCUAUCUAUCUAUCUAUCUAUCUAUCUAUUUAUCAUAUCUAUCUAUCUAUUUAUCUAUCUAUCUAUCUAUCUAUCUAUCUAGUAGCUAGCUUACUCCUUCAUAUCUAUCUAUCUAUCUAUCUAUCUAUCUAUCUAUCUAUCUAUCUAUCUAUCUAUCUAUCUAUCUAUCUAGUAGCUAGCUUACUCCCUUCAUAUCUAUCUAUCUAUCUAUCUAUCUAUCUAUCUAUCUAUCUAUCUAUCUAUCUAUCUAUCCCAAUUGAAGAAAUGCAAGAAAUCUACAAGAAUAACUCCCUAAAAAACGAAACAAAAAAAGCCAAAAAAAAACAAAAAACAAAACAAAAAUCUUUCCUUUACGCUUUAUUUUCAUUUCCAAUUAAUUUCUCCUAUUUUCACUCCUUUCUGCCAUCAUACGUUUCGUUUCCUUCUCUUUUUACCCUUUUUUUUUUCAUUUUGCCCGCCUUCCUUAUUCUUUCCUUCAUUCUUUUAAUCUCUUUUUCGUUCCCCCUUUUUUUUUUAAACCCCCACACUUCUAGCCCUAACCCUGCCACUUUUCUUUACUUCCCGUCGCUCAUUCUUGAUAUCGUUUCUCGCGUUUCUUUACUAAUCACUAAUUUCAUUUUAUUUCUCUGUCUACGAAUUCAUUUCCGUUUUUCUUUCUUUCUUUCUUUCUUUCUUUCUUUCUUUCUUUCUUUCUUUCUUUCUUUCUUUUUUAAAUAUCUUUCUUUCUUUCUUUCUUUCUUUAUUUCAUCUUUCCUUCAAAUAUCUUUUUUUUUUCUUUCUUCAUUUCGUUCGUUCUUUCUUUCCAUCUUUCUUUCUUUUAAAUAUUUUCUUUCUUUCUUCUUUCUUUCUUUCUUUCUUUCUGUCUUUUUUCUUUCUUCUUUCUUUCUUUUAAAUAUUUUCUCUCUUCUUUCUCUCUUACUUAUUUUCUUUCUUUUAAAUAUUUUCUUUCUUUCUUUCUUUCUUUCUUUCUUUCUUUCUUUCAAAUAUUUUUCCUUUCUUUCUUUCUUUUUUUCUUUCUUCAUUUAG